AUGGUCGACUCCAGUUUCACCGAGUUCAAACUUGAUUACCCAGAAAUAAAAAACCAUGACCCCAUCAACCCCGUCUCCAAAAGCAUUUCCGCGGAGCACUACAGCUGGAAGAUAGAAUGCGGCUACUGGGAAGACGACGAGGAGGUUGCCCUCGAGCUCCAUCUCUCCCUGGACAGCCAAUUCAACAGGUUCAAUGGCUUCUGCGAGGGCUUCCUGCGAAAUUGCCUGGAGUCGAGCUAUGUCAAGAACGGCGUGAUCACGCUUAUCUGUGGUGUCAUAGCUCUGCCUGGGAACUCCAUAGCGGUGCCGGCCACGAACAUAGGCGACCAUCUCGGAAGCCUGCUGGAGUGCCCCGACGGUUCAGACGUUUCCUUCGUGGUCGGCGGCGAGACGUUCAGUGCCCACCGGGCCGUGCUCGCCGCCCGAUCGUCAGUGUUCAGAGCAGAGCUCUUCGGUUCCUUAGCAGAGGCUACCAUGCAGUGCAUCACAUUGCAUGACAUCGAGCCGUCAACUUUCAGAGCUAUGCUUCGGUUCAUGUACACGGACAGACUGUCCGUGGAGUUAGGUCCCGAAAGCUUUUUCCCAUCAGCCCAACAGCUUCAGUGUGUCCUUGCAGCAGCGGACAGGUACGACCUCGGCAGAUUGAAGCUCAUGUGUGCUCAGAAGCUAUGGAACAUGGUAUCGGUGGAGACAGUCGCGACGACAUUAGGUUAUGCUGACAUGCACAACUGUCCAGAGCUCAAGAACAGGUGCCUCGACUUCUUCAUGGUGGGGAAGAACUUCACGAGAAUUGUGGUAACCGAGGGGUACCUGUGGCUCAUGCAACGCUUCCCGUCGGUUAUCGAUGAGAUCAAGGCGCACCCUAUUGAGAAGAUAAUUUAUAUUUGAUCUAUUCACUCUUUUUUCUAAGAAUUCAAUGCUAUUCUGUUUACAAAAAUUAUCAUAUGUUACGGUGUCUGACUCAUCGUGAAUUGUAAAGCGUGUGAUGCAUUUUUAUGUAAGUGGGGCCUGCAACUUCCUAUCUCA